ACGAAAUUAACACUGUGGCAAUCGACAGCGCUGACCACAAUACCUCUUAAGCCUCUUUUUAAUAUACUAGUAUAUGGCGUCUCUCACUAACCUUUAACACAUACACUAUGAGGUCAACGGCGGAAUGUUAGAAAGAAAAUACUGUAGCCACUUUUGAUUUGAAUAUUCUUCAUCAAUCCUCUCUGAAAAUUCUGCCACGUUCUAGAAAAAUCGUUCGCGGUAGCCUCCCUCCCCAAACAAAACCACUUGACAAAACCACUUGCUUAAUGUGGAAGUAGAAGUCUUCUGUUUUUCUGAUCUAUCUGAUCUAUAUAUGCAAGGUAGUGAAGAUCCCAAUUCCCAAUUCCAGUCCAAGGAGAAUGUCCGUCGAGGAAUAGGGAGGAAGAAUUGUACUAUAUUGAUAAUCAAGGAGAGUUACAGGAAAGGCUACAAUAAUAAAGGGGAGAUAAGUGAUGUUUGCUUUCUUAAUUAGCGGAUGCCGAUCUUCGUGAAAGGUCUGACAGUCGAGGUUCAGAGCUUUGACACUGGUAAGCGAAUUAGUUUUGAGGUUGAUAGCUCUGACACUAUUGACAAUGUCAAGGCUAAGAUUCAAGACAAGGAAGGUAUUCCCCCAGACCAGCAGACGUUGUUUUUUGCUGGCAAACGACUUGAAGAUGGGCGGACCAUUGCCGAUUACAAUAUUCAAAAGGAGUCUAUCCCUCAUUUGGUGCUCAGGCUUGGCGGUGCAAUGCAAAUUUUCGUGGAAACUUCUACUGGAAAGGCCAUAACUCUGGAGGUGGACAGUUCUGAUACCAUUGGCACUGUCAAGGCGAAAAUUCAAGAUAAGGAAGGGAUCCCACUGGCUGACCAGAGGCUGAGUUUUGCUGGUAAACAGCUUGAGGAUGGCCGGACUCUUGCAGAUUAUUACAUCCAGAAGGAGUCAACCCUUCACUUGGUGAUGAGGUUGAGGGGAGGAGGAAUGGAAAUAUUCGUGACGACUUCGGAAGGGAGUACCAUUACUCUGGUGUUGACGAGUUCUGCUACCAUCAAGUACGUGAAGGAAGAAAUUCAGUGUAGGAAAGGAAUCCCACCGAAGCAGCAAAGGUUGGUUUUUGCUGGUACGCCUCUUGAGGAUGGUCGCACUCUUGCAGAAUACAAAAUUCCUCACAAGUCUACUCUUCACUUGGUGAGAGUUAUAGGAAAGAUGAAGAUCUCCGCGAAAGCUGAGAGCUCCGACACUAGCAAGCCAAUCAGCCUUGAGGUUGAAAGCUCUGACGCUAUUGACAAUGUCACGGCUAAGAUUCAAGACAAGGAUGGUGUUCCCCCAGACCAGCAGAGGCUGUUUUUGGCUGGCAAACAGCUUGAAGAUGGGCGGACCAUUGCCGAUUACGAUGUUCAAAAGGAGUCCAGCCGUCAUCUGGUGCUCAGGCUUGGUGGUGGAAUGCAAAUUUUCGUGAAAACUCCUACUGGAAAGACCAUAGCUCUGGAGGUGGAGAGUUCUGAUACCAUCGACAAUGUCAAGGCAAAAAUUCAAGAUAAGAAAGGGAUCCCACCGGCUCACCAGAGGUUGAUUUUUGCUGGUAAACAGCUUGAGGAUGGCUGGACUCUUGCAGAUUAUUACAUCCAGGAGGAGUCAACCCUUCAGUUGGUGAUGGAGUGGAGGGGACGAAUGGAAAUAUCUGUGGAAACUUUGAGAGGGAAUACCAUUACUCUGGUGUUGGAGGGUUCUGCUACCAUUGAGAACGUGAAGGCAGAAAUUCUGUCUAGGGAAGGAAUCCCACCGAAAGAGCAAAGGUUGGUUUUUGCAGGUACGCAUCUUGAGGAUGGUCGCACUCUUGAAGACUAUGAAAUUCCUCACAAGUCUACUCUUCACUUGGUGUUCUCUACUUGUGGUGCUUAGGAGGCUAACAUUCACGUGGUGGCUUCUACUGAUUGUCGUGCCGAUAUAGUAAUUUUGUUUGAGGAUUUUAGUGUCAUGAUGAUAGUGGAGUUUUUAUUUUGACUGUAAUGUUCUGAUUUUUUUUUUUUAAUGUAAGGAGAUUAUGGCUGAGUUUGUUUUAUUG